CAAGAAAAACAGCGACGUUGAAGCCCUUUUGCAAUUUGUUAUGUAUUUGUAGAUACUAAAUAUAUAACUAUUGGAUUUCACAAGAACCACUGACGGAAUGUAUAUAACCUAUUUAUUUUUUAUAUUUAAUGUGGGUCUGAUUAAUAUAUUGGUAUAUGAGUCAGCAUCGAUGCUCUGCUCAAUGCAUUGAUGCGAUAUGUCAUUUUAAUGAAACGCAAUAUUACAGUGUGAUUUAUGCACACGGCAGGUAGAUUGUACAAGAAUAAAUACAUAAUCGUAAGAAUCUUCCUUAUCCACACGAUGUCGCCAGAGAUAUUUUGACAUAUUUCCUUCAUAUGAGGUCAUUGUUCAAAUGUUGAUUUCCGGCUGAUGAGGUCUGAGUACACGUCUACAUACAUGCAGUUACCAGUUUAGCUUAGUCUGGCAGCGCAGCAACCAGAAAUCCACUUCGAUACAUUUUAACCUAAAAUUGGAUUAAGGGAAUCAAAUUAUCGCGAACUCCAGUUUGAAUUACAUAGGUCUUGGGUUUUUGUUUAAACUGCAAUCAGAUGGGGGAGGUGAGGAAGCUCCAAAAGAAGUUAAGGCAAAUUGAGAACUUGGAGAUCAAAGUUUCUCUCACUCCAGAAGAAAAAAUAAAGGUCUCGAAGAAGGCGGAGCUUCGCUCCAGAUUGGCUGAGGUUCUGCUGCAGCUUUCUGGCCCCCAGCAAACUGAAGGCAUUGUGGGAAAAGAGGAGGAUAAAAUGAAAAGACAAGUGGAGGAGGUAACAGAGCAACAUGUCGCUCAACGUCCUCCACUAAAGAUAGCACGAGAGAAGAGACGAACGAAUGAAGAAAAGGAUGGAGGUAAAACAGAUGGCGCAGAGGAAACACAUGCUCCUCCAGUCGGUCCCAGUGAAGAAGAACAAGAAGAUGCUGAGUUCAGAUCUCUCAGCCAAACUUGGGAAAAAGCCAAGUUUCGUCUUCGAUUUCUAGAGGGUCAUAGUGAUAUCAUCACAUGUGUGCUCUCUGUUGACAACCUUGUAAUUUCAGGCAGUCGUGAUACGACGGUUAAAGUGUGGCAUGUUCCCACGGCAACAGAACAGCGCAAUUUGGGAGGUCACAGCGGUGGAGUCACCUGUCUCAAUGCACCACCUCCAGAGUACUGCAGGAGAUUGGCACAUGAAAUCGACUUGCCUGACAAGGAAAGAUUUGUUUUAAGUGGUUCCAUGGACUGUUGUGUGAAAAUAUGGGCUCUGAGUUCAGGUCAGUGUGUUAAGUCCAUUUACACAUUCAAUGCGGUUACAUGUCUCUGCUUCAUUCCCGAAAGACAAGGCUUCAUUGUCACUGGUUCAGAUGCUGGGAAGCUGCAGGUGUGGAGCUGGAGCUCACAGGAGAGCUGUCAAUCAGUGAACGCACACCUGGACUCAGUCACCACACUCCAGUCCCAGGGUCCGCUGCUGUUCAGCGGCUCCGCCGAGGGACGCGUGUGUGUGUGGGGGCUGAGCAGUGAAGGGCCGGAGCCCCUCCGCAGGUUGCACCUCUGGGAGCCAGAAGUCACGGGGUGUGGUGGAGGUGAUGGGCUGAAUGGGAGGCUGUUUCUGAGCCCCCGCGGGGACCGGGUGUUUCUCACGUGUGGGAGGGCGAGCAUACGGAUCCUUAACUGGAGGACAGGCGUAGUGACCCGGUUAACCAAUCACAGCAGCACUGCCGGUGUCACAGAUUGCAUCAGUCAAAUUCCGGGUCUUUUGAUUGGUUCUUGCUUUGACCUCGCCACUGGAGAAAGCACAAUUAACUUGUUUUCAGUUCCCCAGUGCAAGUACCUGGUUUCACUCACCUCUUCAAGUCUUCCCAGAAUUCUUUGUUUUGCUGCCUGGCUAACAGCGAGCGGGGACCAUCGGUGGGUCACAGGUGGUCGUGACCUCAUCGUAUGGGAGCAGCUUCCAGGAAAUUUCAAAAAGAGGUUGCUUUAGACGGUGCAUGAGUGCAUUCUGCCAAAUGCAUAAAUGGAAAUGUGACCAACAUAGCUCAGCUCCCCCAUUCUGCUCAUCUCUUGACCCUACAUACUCUUCAAUUUAUUAUGUAUUAUGUACAUUACAUAUAUAUCGGUUCACUAACAUGGACAGACAGACUUCUGGACCUCUAUUACUUAUAUAAGACCCUCAGAACCUCUGCUCAAAGGUUCACUCAGUCAGAAUAUCAAUAUGUACAUCUGUAAUGAGAUCGCAGCUGGAAUGGAGUUUCUUUGGGAUGUCUAUUAACGAGGAGUCUACAGGAACGCUCCAGGCGCAGAUAACUGACAAUGAGAACUGUGGCUCGCUUCUACCGCUGGAUACUGAAACAAUAAUGACUUUUGUGCAAAACUAUUGAUUUUUUGUAGUAACUACAUUUCUGUAUGAAAGGCAAACCCAGAGGUGGGUCCUCACAAGUGGGUCGUGACAUAAAAAAUUGGGUCGCAGGUCUACUGUAGUAGUGGGGCGACAGUUGGGAAAAACAAUGCAAAACGCAAUUAAUAAAAUGCAAUUAACCAUACAAUUUAUGCGUAGUUAGGGUGGCAAGAUGAUCAACUUUCUAAAGCCAGCAGACAGUAUUUUCCAUUUGUCUGUUGUUUUUCAAAGUCUGUGUGUCAAACUCUACAGUAUUGUGGCGCAAGUUUACUGAAACGACAAAAUAAAGAUGGUAAAAGAAUCAAUCUGGAUUUGAUUUAAUAUGGGUUCACUCCCAGCGAAGAUAAACACGGUUUGUGCGGACCACAGUGUUUUUGUGCUAAGAAUUUUUGACUGCUGAGAUCAUGAAAACAACUCAAUUUAAAGAUAUUUUUCAUAUUAAGCUAUUUCCAAAAUCAUCUUUAUAUUAAAUGCUGUUUAGUGUGGGUUAUUGUGGCAUUAAGUGUUUGUUUCUAAAGACAUUUUUGUUAACGUGUCCCUGUAGCUUAGGUAGGAACCAUGACAGUGCUAGCAACACCAAUAUCAGGGGUUCUAAUCCAGGAUCACAAACUGAUAAAACAUAUUUGUUUGAAUCCACUGCUUGAUUAAAGCAUCAGUCAAAUGCAUGAAACAGAUAUGUUACAAUAGAAUUUAAAGUUUCUUUUAACUUGUCCCUUAAUGAAUGUGCUGCUUUAUGGAAGAAGCCGUUUGUAUGAUGAAACAAGUCAUUCAGAAGUCAUUGUCAGCAAAGCUGCUUUGCUUUUGCUUCGGGGCGUGUUAAACAUCAUUCUGUCCUUGUAAACAGCCUGACCCAAGUGCCCUCUGCUAACAGAUUUCUGUUGUUCUG